AUGGCCGAAAUAGACAACCUCAUCGCCAGCCUCAACGACAUCCACGUCCAGGACCUCCCGGACAACGCGGACCGCGUGCGCGUCCGGGAUGCGCUCGUCCACGCCGUGAGACGGAUGCAGACGCCGUGGGACAUUGCGUGGGACCACGUCGUGACGCGCAGCGGCGUCAACGCCGCGAUCAAGACGCUCAUCGACGCCGGCGCGUUUAAGAAAUGGGAUGAAGCCGGCGGCGGACCGAUCACCUGCGUCGAACUCGCCAAACUCACAGGCGCCGAUGAGACGCUCAUCCGACGCCUCAUGCGCUGCGUCGCAGGCCAAUACCUCGUCAUCGAAACCGACCUCGACACCUACACCCGCACCCCCUGGGCCGCCGCCCUCGCGACCGACCAGGGCCUGCGCGCGUGGUACGCCGGCUUCUACCACGGCCUCGUCGCGCCCAUCCUCAUCUCGCUGCCCUCCUUCCUCAAGGCGUCCAACUUCCGCAACUCGACGGACAACACAAGGUCCAACCUGCAGCACUGGCAGGGCCGCCCGGACGCCAUGUUCUUCGACUACAUCGGCUCGCACCCGGACCUCGCGCAGGACUUCAACGACGCGAUGGAGGGCAACUCGCGCGGCAACCUGACCAACUGGCCCGAGAUGUUCCCCACGCAGACGCUGCUCGACGGCGCGCGGCCGGGGCGGGCGGUGGUUGUGGACGUCGGCGGCGGGAAGGGGCAUGAUUUGGUCAAGUUCCAUGUGAAGCACCCCGAGGUCGGCGCGGAGGCGCUGGUGCUGCAGGAUCUGGCCAGCAUGCUGAAGGAUGUGAAGCCCGACCCGGCGUUUACGGUGCAGACGUAUGACUUCUUUACGCCGCAGCCGGUGAAGGGGGCGAGGGCGUAUUUCAUGCAUGGUGUGCUGCAUGAUUGGCCUGUGGCGAAGGCGCAGGAGAUUUUGGGGAAUGUGGCGGCGGCGAUGGAGAGGGGGUACUCGAAGUUGUUGAUUCAUGAGAACAUGGUGAACGAGAGGAAUCCGGUCGCUAGGGUGACGUCGUUGGAUAUGCUCAUGAUGGCGGGGAUGGCGGCGGCGGAGAAGACGGAUGGGGAGUGGCGGGAGAUUGUCGAGGGGGUAGGGUUGAAGGUGGUUAAGAUCUGGACGGGGAUGGAUCGGGGCGAGGCCAUCAUCGAGGCGGAGUUGACGUGA